GCUCGUAGAGGGUGGUUGUAGCAUUUGUACGUCUGGCCUUCUCAGAACUGACCCAAGGAGUAUCGCGUCGUGACUGCAUUACAUUUUUAACCGCUUUAAAUGUGCAAUUAUGUCUUCACUAACAGUAUCUUAAGUGAUAUUAAUUGUCCAUAGUGUAAAUAUAUUUUAAUGUUUGAACCUAUUACCGUCGUAAUAAACAAGUGAGUUACAAUGUAAAGAGGAAACUUCGAAACGCUUUUCGUACCCAUUUUAAUGGGCGUUUGAUCAAAACCUAGAAUUUUAAAAACAUAAUUUGUGAGUGAUUAGUAAACGUGAUCCUGUAUGAUGGAUGCCAAAAAUCAUAAUAUAGUUCAAGGCUUGAUGCCUCAGUACUCUAAAUACCAACCUCAGCGCUCGUUACCUAACAAUUACCCUUCGGGUCAAAUAUCACCACACAACAACAACCACCACCAGCCUAUCACCAAGCCUUUGCAUCAGUUCCUUGCUAAAACCGACACUGCUCCUCAAUACUUAGAGACUCCUGAACAACGUAAAGCGGAAUAUGCCAACGCGACCACCAUUUCUGUAGGACCAGACUUCUGGGCCAGAAGGACUGCCCAGCGCGCCAGCGAGGCGAUGAGAGCCGCCAGCCACAUGACAAUGAGCAGCGGUGAGCCUGGAGGAAGAGCCAUGCAUUCUUCUGACAGGUCAGAGUCACAACCUGCAAGUCGCUUCGCUGCCGCCCCCACCACUACUACCAGACCCAUUGUUCACCAGUCCUCUACCCCAUCAGCAUUAACGAGCCCCUACACUAGACCCUCUGGCAGGAGUGCAACACCUCCCGGAAGGUCAUCAAGCGAAGACCGAGAACGAAGACGUCGCAAAAGACGUGCCACGAGCGACUCCGAGAGCGGGAGUCGUAGAAGCGGCGGACGUGCGGAGAGGACGAGCAGUCGCGCCUCGGCCCGGCGAGCCUCCGAUGCCGGGGACAAUCUGCCGACGAACUUCCGGGCUGCCGUUACCGAGUUUGCUCCUCCAAUGCCUCCUGCGCUGCUCCGAAAGUUGGAGAUAAAGGAAGUGAACGGCUUGGGAAAGAUCCGCGUGGUGCUGCGCAUCUCUCCCCUGGUGCGGCUGCUGGAGCACGAGGCCGCGGUGCUCUGCCUUGACAAGAAGCGGCGUCAAGUGACCCUUGUCGACCCCCUCGCCCCCCCGCCCCGCGACACGCGGCUGGGUGUCGUCGCGCCUAAAAUGUUCGCCUUCGACCAGGUCUACAGUCAGGACGAUGCCCAGAGCGACGUCGUGUCUGGCGCUACAGUGGACGUGCUACACGCGGUGCUCGCAGGCAACGAUGGCUGCAUCCUGUGCUUCGGUGGUUCGCUGCUGGGCAAGUCCUACACGAUGGUAGGGCUGCACGGCGCCCAGCAGCAGCUGGGCAUCAUGCCCAGCUGUGUGGCGUGGCUCUACGCUGCCAUCGCCCGCCUCAAGGCAAAUGCCGCUGUGCGCUUCAGCGUCCGCGUCUCCGCCGUGGCUGUUGAUGCUACCGGGGCAAACGUUAAGGAUCUUCUCGCUCAGUCUGCGUACGACGGCGGUAACAGCCCCAUCAGUGCGCCGCGUGACGGCGUGGUGGGUGGAGGUGUGCUGUCGUCCCUUUGUGAGCUGCGCGCGCCCACCGCUGAAACUGCAGCCCACUACCUCGACGUGGCCUUAGCGGGGCGUUCAUCUCUGGCCCUCUCUUCCGUUCUCCAGCAGCAGCAACAAAAACAACAAGGAGCUGUAAUUUUUCCAGGGUCUGCCACUCUGGUAUACUCUCUCCACAUAUACCAGUACGCCGUCGACAAAAAUGGCAAAGGCGGAGUUGUAGGCGGACGAAGCCGACUGCACAUGAUCGACGUGGGCGACAUGAGUGCGCGGCACGGCAGCAACAGCAUGUCUCUCACGAGCCUCACGUCUGUCCUGCUCGCCAUCUUUGACGGACAGAAAUAUCUCCCGCACAGGGAGAACAAGCUGACAGGCGUGUUGCGCGAGGCGCUCAACUCGCUGACGUGUCACACUGCGCUCGUCGUGCACGUCUCGCCUGCCGCUCGUCACGCCCACCACAACCUCACGACGCUCCAGCUCGCCGCCCGCGUCCACCGCACCCGCCGCAAGAAAAUACGAGGCAUGACCGGUAGCGGGUCUUCUGGGUCAUCAGGGUCGAGAAAAUCUUCAGGAGGAGAGACGUCAGCGGGAUCCUCAUCUCUUGACUUCUCCUCGUCAGACCAGAGCUGCGACACCGUCAUUUACAUCGGCGGUGGUGGUCCCGGUGACUCUACAGACGGCGAGCAUCCACCUAUCUUCAUGUCACACCACAUCCGACAGCCCAGGCCGUUAGGACUCCAGAGACUUCGAUCUUUGGAGCAGUUACGAGCACAGUCGGCAAGUCCAACACCCAGCAUGAGACGAACGGCAUCUGCCAGUCCCACUCCAACAUCCCGUUCCGUCCCCAACGGGAAACCAUUUUUCAAACGAAAACCUUGUCCACCUCCGCGGACAGUCAGCAACAAUUCCCUCAACUACAGCAACAAUAACAGUCCGAUGUUUCAUCCUCUCCACGUUGGUUUCAUUCGACAUCAGCCUGGCGUGAGUCAAAUUCACUACCCUGCCACAGGACAGACUAAGAAGCCUUUCUUAUCUACUUUUAAACCAUUUUCUACUAUUGCCACUUCAAGACAGAAUAACAACGUUCAUAGUAAAAGUCUUGAAGAUAACUUGAAUGUUGUAAAUGGAAAUCAAUCUCCAAUGAGCAAUUUUGGGUCAACCGAUAAGCUGCCUAAUCAUAAAGCGUAUCAAGAACCCAACAAUUUAGUGCCUACAGCCUUAUCUCCAAAUCAGGAGUUUUCUAACGUACAAAAUAUGCGUUAUUAUCAGCUGACUCAGCAGCAGUUGCACCAACAACAACUAUUCAAUGAACAUUGUUUAAGAGAACAACGUAAAGUAUUAGAACAAGCAGCAUCCACGGAACACCAGCCUGCAAUAAAACCACAACUGAAAACCAUAUCGGCCUCCGUCAUUCCAUCCCAAAAUCCAAACGUAGAAAUAUCGCGUAAUGGCAAGCAAGAAACCCCGUCGGAUGAGCAAUGGAUCGAUGGUCCCAGGGUACACAAGUCGCGCGUAGUCGCUUCACGCAAUAACGGUAGAAGCGAACAGCAAGAUGAGACUUGGGUAGACGGACCACAAAUGAGCACCCAAAGCAAUGGGACGCAAGUGUCGGCUGCCACCUCUUCUGCUCAACCCGGAACCUACGGAUUCAUGGACGACCAUAAGAAAUCCAUGAUCGAAAAGUGGGUUGAAGUUCAGACGGCGCAGGUCGUAAAUCAAAUAACUGGUAAGGUUCCUCCACAAUCAAAACAUGCUCUGAAUAUGACAGAUCAAAAUAUUACUUCUGAUAAUAAAACAGAAUUUAGUAACAAAAAUGAUACAAAAGAUGAAUCAGUGCCACUCACGCACUUGACUCAGUUCCGUGUUUGCGAUGAAUCCACAAAUGGAAGCGAUGUUGAUACCUUAAGUGAAGACCCGUCAGCUUCUGGUGUUCCACCGCUGGAACAACCAAGCCUCAUUGAAGAACUCGUCAGGAAAAACUUCAUACCCAGCGGCUGUCUAGAAAUCUUCGAUGAUCGUUCUAAGGCUGAACCUUCGCUUGAUCACAUACAGAUAUCGAGUGCCGAUGAGACCAACAAGAUUGUUUCGGAUGGUUCUACUAAAGGUAGAGGAUCACCGGAAACUACUUCAUUAGGCGGCGAGCUUUCGAUCGACGAGGUCUGCUCUCAGUGCGAGGCGCUGGCAGAAGAGUGCGAAGAGCUCAGUUCACUUCUAUCUUGUGAAGAAGAAGAGUGUAAAAGACAAGCACCUCAAGGAUUAGCAACGGUGUUAGAGGAGCCUGAGCUGGAGUCAGCCGUAGCCGCAGAGGAGGCAGAGAUGCGGGCUGCUGACAUCGCCCACCCGGACCCCGAAAGCGAGCUCGACUGCCUCUCGAAGAUGGACACGCUGAAGAGCAGCCGAGCGGGUGGAGACGAUGGCAACGAAGCAGAUGAAGAAUCUUCUGAGUUUGGAUCUCUUAGGAAACCGUUGUCUCAAAAUACGAAGCCAGGUGAAUUGGCGAGAAACGUAGGACUAAUAUGCAGGACCCCUGCAGAAGAUGGCGCUAAACAUGUGGUCUACCGCAAAAGAUGCAUCAAGAGAACAUCAACCUCUUCUGAUACCAACGAUCACGACUGUGUCGUGAAGUGCGACGGGGGAAAACAGUUUGGCGCGUCAUCCCGCACCCCGCCCGAGAUGCUCAUGAUAGACUUGCCGGCUUAUCCUGUUGUAUCUGUCGACUGCGGAACUCAGGUGAAUGAGAAGGACCUGAUGUCAACGUCAGUGUCCAGCGGCAGCAGUAGCGACCCUAACACCAGCAUCGGGGACGACCACCCGCUGCGGGUGCUGUCAGAGGAAAACCUCACUUGUGCUUCCAACUUCACAGACUCUUACUCUCAAAUGGGAGAGACUGGAGGCGAAGAGGAUUCGGAUGGCGACUCUCGCCCUUUCAGUCUAUUGGAAGUCACGGAGUAUGCGAAGCUGGGACAAGCUCUCUCCAAUAAUUCUUCUAACAAGAACUUGAGAGAGCUCGCUAAAAUACACGCAUUGUAUAUGUCCUUAGCGCAGCCCAAUUCUAAUAUUAGUUUCGAUGAUUCACAACUCCAGCCUUCAUCUUUAUUAGAAAUCCUUGCCAGCAGCCGAGACUCGUUGAUCGAACAGCCAAAGCCAGAGGUCGACUACGAAAGUAUCAGCAGUGAUUUUGUAUCUGCAGUAGAUCUGAAAGUAGACUGCGAUUCAUGCAAUAAAACGAAGCACGGUUCUGAAGCGUCAGUUCAGGACGAAGACACCAACAAGAAGUCAACAUGUCAACUUACGAGCAAUCCAAUGAUGCCUCGAGUUGGCAAUUGCAUCUGUGAUACCCAGCCUUGUUCAGACACAUUGCCAUCGAUGUUCUCGAACUGGCAUGACUCAGAAAAAGGGUCGCAUUACAGUCUCAUGAAAAACCGGUCAGAAACGAGUGUAAAUUUAUGUGAUUUUAAUACUCUAGAAAUGAAAGAUCCCGGCCGCUCGGUAGACGUAGCUCGGACUGAUCGUGUUCCAAUUAAUGGAGUUCCGGUGCCUCAUUUUAUUGAAGACUCGGAUGCCAGUAUUGUUCUACGAAACACAGGGCAGUACAGCAAAUAUUCUCUUUCUAAAAUUGAAGUAGAGGUGCCUCAACCGAGCGUAAAGGAUCAUCAUAGUGAUAACGAAAGUGACUGUGUUAGUAAUAUAAGCGACGAUUCAGAUUAUGUUAUCAGAACGUCGAAGUUUUCUAAAUUUUUAUGUGUUGGUGUGGGAAGGACUAAAUCUAAGACUCCAUAUAAAAUAGCCAAAACAAAUUUUAAGAAUGAGUCAAAGAAAAAUUCUAAAAUGAAGGACGGUAGUAAUAAGAUAAAAUUUCAAUCGUCCAAAAAUCAAGAUGACUCUAAUCCGCCAGAAUUCGGUUCAAAAAACGCAUUAAAGUCUCCCUCGAAAGCUCCUUCGCAGAAUCUUAGCAAAAGCAGCAGCAGUGGAAGUUCCAAUAGUUCUGCCGGCACUGGAUGGAAGAGCGAUGCUUCUUCAGGCUUGGUUGGAGGUCGAUGGAUUUCCAAAGGAAAUGCAUACAAAGGAACAUCUUAUAACGCCAGUAACUUUGGCACAAGUUCAUCUUUCUCUUAUGAAACCGCUCCCGCUGAAGGAUAUGACUCCGGUAACGACUCAGGAAUAACUCUGGAGAGAACAAUACGUGAAAAGACUGAGCCAUCUUGGAAUACGGAAUUGAAUGCAUCUACAGGAAAUCCAAAAAGGCUACCCAUUCAACCCAGCAUCCCUACCAAGUCUGGGACGAGCAGUUCUAUAGGUACAACGCCGUCCCUUGGAGAAUCUUCUGGGUAUGGUAGCAUGGCCAGAGACUCGGAGUGUUCUUCUUUCAGCUCUUCACAAGACUCUGAAAUGGACGAAGAGCACAAGCGGGAAAGGCAACGGGCCCGACACAGCUCCCGUUUACCUUCAGUCCAAGUUCAAACGUUCACGGAAGAAGACAUCCAGAGAUACGAGAGCCGAUCUCGAACUGCGGAAUGUUUGCAGCUGCAGAAGGAGCAACGAAGUCAGAUGGACAUCGCUGCCCUCAAGUCCCGUCAAGAGAAGCUCAAAUUAGAGUUGGCAGAGGCGAAGAACAAGCUAAACAUUCCAGACAAGUCGUGGUCCUACGAACUUCACGUAGCCGGAGCCUGCGAGCAGAACAAGUUGGACUCCACCAUCGCUGUGUUGGCGCUUGCGAGGGAGACUGAAAUAUUGCAGAAGAGAGUCGACGCCGCUAGAAGCCGCGUGCUCUGCACCACGUCCUUCCUUCCUCGAGGUCCCCAAGGACUGCUCGAGCACACGAAGCUUCACGAUAAAACAUUUACCCAGGAUGAAGUUGCUUUAUGAUUACAAUAGAGGCCUACAAGUAGCGGUCAUAUUUUCAUAAGUACUGCUGCCAUUGCGUAACCUUCCCUAAUCAGAUGAUCAGUUGUUAAAGAAGAGUGUCGCUCGUGUUUGAAUUAAAUAAUUCAAGUUAAUGAUAAUAUAUUGCUUUUUCAUAUCAGAUCAUAUUGCAAAAUGGUUGAGAAGUAAUUUUACAGAAAAUAUGCACUCACGUUAUGAUUACACCACCCCGUCAAUGUAGCGGUAGUUUCUAUUUACAGUACGUGAAUGACGAACUUUCAUUGAUUAUAUCAUACCUAUUUAUGAGAUGUACUUCUUAUUAGAAUGAAUGAAACUUCAGGAGUUUUGUAAUUUUUUACGUGGACUGAAUCCUAUAAUGAAACACUCCUCCUUACAUCUGGGUGAAAGGUUCAAAGUAGUUUGAUAACAGUGUAAAUGAAUCUUGUGAUCUCUGUAUCAUAGAACUGUGUGAGAGGUUUUCCUUUCUCUGACUCAUAAGUUAUAUCGCCUACUGUUAGUCUAUUUGUGUGUUGUGUCCUCACGCAUGUUUUUAUUUGAUCUCAUUUAACGCGCAGACUCGAUUUACUAGCAACACAAACCAUUUCCAUGCUAUUGCUUUAAAUUUUUAAAUUUUCUUUGCCAUGCGUAAUGAUAAAUAAAUAAUAUGCAUGAUCAUGAAAGUGCAGGCGCACGUUGUCCAUCUAUCUUAAUACACGAUUGCAAUGAGUCUUAGCGUUUUCCUUCAGAUAUUUAUGAUGUUAUUGCGGCACCGUUAACUCUUAAUGUGAGUCACAGCAUUUUCCAUCUAAACUUCAUAACAUAAAACUUUUUUUACCGUUUCAAUAUUUGGUUUAACCGCACGUCACCUGAAGAAAUAUUGAUGCAAUGAGUUUAUUACCUAAAAUUUUUCUGCUUUGACAAAAUAUUUAUUGAAUUUUUAUUUAACUAUAAAAUGAAUGCUGGAACAUACCAAUAGUAAAAAAAUGUCAUAAAGGCUAAUAAAGCUUCACUAGCGUUUCAUUUCAAGGGCAGACGGGACAGGGAAUGACGGUUUUUAUGGUGUGUUCUUUGAGUGAUGAAAUAGUCAAUUAUUUAUAAUCUAAAUAAAUAUUUGUUAUAGA